AUGGGUGCGUUUCUGUCUCAUUUGAAAGCGGAGCGAAACACUGAAGUGUUAGAUGCCACGUGUGGACCCAUUCGAGGAAAUAUCUAUAGACAUGUAAGCUAGGGUUUCUAUUCAAUUUACAUCAUCUUGAACUUUAGGACGAGAAAAUAGUGGAUGGUUACUUGGGAAUUCCGUUUGCAAAGCCUCCGAUCGGAGAGCUCCGUUUCAAGAAGCCGGUGCUUGCUGAAAAGUGGGCGGAGCCUAAGGAUUGCUAUGCGUACGGACCCGGAUGCCCACAAUCUGGAGAAUAUGGAGAAGUGAGUACAUUCCAGACUCUCCAAGUAUUAUCCUUUUUGCAGAUUAUGACAAAGACGAUGUUCGAGUUUGCAGAGGAUAACUGCUUGACUUUGAAUGUGUUUGCGCCCAGACGGAAAUCCGAUGAAUUUGUAAGUUCAAUUCUCUUUAAAUUUACAAUAUCCAGUACUGAUUUCAGUCGAACGGGUUGCCAGUAAUGGUCUACUUCUACUUGGGCGGGUUCGAAGUGGGCUUCACCUCCGUCAUCGACGAUUACACCCUUUCCGGUAUCCUUCCGCUGAAAGACGUGAUAGUGGUGACGGUGAACUACCGUGUGGGACCAUUGGGAUUUCUGACGACGGGCGAUUCCGUGGCACGUGGCAACUACGGACUGUGGGACCAGACGCUCGGUCUCCAGUGGGUCCGGCAGCACAUUGGCUCGUUCGGAGGAGACGCACACAAUGUGAGCAUCUUCGGAACGAGUGCCGGCGGAGCAAGUGUCGACUUGUUGGCUCUCAGUCCGCAUUCCAACAGUACGUACAUCCCGGGGCUCCGCUCGGCAACGAUCUAUUCGCUUCAGAACUAUUCCGUCGCUUCAUCGCCAUGUCCGGAACGGCUUUCUGCGAUUUCGCGUGUAGACCUCAACUACUUCAGGCUCAAAUAUUCACAGAGUUUGCUCAACAUCACGGCUACAGUGGGAGUGGUGAGUUUACUAACAUCAACACUGAAAUGUUGGUCAGAAAAAUCCGUUCAGAUUCCGAAUCACUUCUGAAUUGGUAUCAGUCUCAACCUGUCUCUAAAUUUCUGGAAGUAAACGCUUUCCAAAGACCCGCUUCUGGAUUUCUGUCUUUUGUGCCCAAUUUGGACGGUGAUUUCUUCCCGAAACCAUUCGAUGAACUGAGAAAAGAGGCGCCGAAGUUUGAUGUGAUGAUAACAAUCGGAGAGUACGAAGGACUUGGAUUCAGUGGGUCAAAGACCUUACAUUAAGUUGGAAAGGUAGUCUGAUUCUAUUUCAGCUAGCCAGAUUCCAGUCUGUGCCGACGUUUUCGAGACUGCAAAGGCGAUUAUUGGAAAAGUUUAUGGACCGGAUAUCACUGAUAAUUACGAAGAAGUUCGGAUGAAGCUUUUUGAUUUUUAUACGAAGGGAGUUGGUGAAUACGAUAAGGCAACUAUGGAUAGAAGAAUAAUCGAGGUGAGGGAACUGAAACUGAAGGCCUCAAAUCCGAAUCGAGUUGCAGUUCGUCGGCGACUCGUGGUUCAACAUCGGCGCACUGGACACUGCGAAAUCAUGCACUAAGCACGGAAGCAACGCCUACUUGGCUUCAUUUGACUACUUCAAUUCGGCAUCUGAAGAUCCAGCACUCGCAAUGCAACCGUUCCGCGCAUCGACGCAUGGUUCCGAGUUCAGAUACCUCUUCGGGACCGCGUUUUCGUGCAAGUUCAUGCCAAAUGCUGAAGAGCUCAAAGUGAUGAACAUGAUGGGGGAUUUUGUGACCAACUUUGCUAAAUAUGGGUGAGUGUGUGCAGAAGUUUCAGAUAAAAGUUCAAGUUUUCAGAAAUCCGAAUGGAAAGUCGGAAUCCGGUGCUCAAGUUUGGGAAAAGUACAAUUUGGACAAACCAAACAGAUACUUCAAGAUAGACUAUCCGAAAAGUGAAAUGAGGGACAACUAUCAGAACGGAAGGAUGGACGUUUACGAGCAGAUCAACCGGCAAUCGAACAAGUAUCAGGAGAUUGUGUAUGGGAAGAGAGAAUACAUUCGUGAAUAAAUAAAACUAUAGCCAUAAAGCUGGAAGUAAUACUCUGAUUAAUGUCAAAAACAUUGAAUUCUAUCUCAGCUAUGCGCGGAAAUGUUUCACACUUUUUCAAUAAAUUAAAUAGACAAUGAAGUCUUUAUUCGAACAGAUAAAACUGAAUUUCCAUUAUACUCGUUGUUCCACCGCUUGAACCUUUCAACUUGACUCAAUCCUUUGAUGAUCACUUUUUCUGGCACAAUUUUUCAGAUUCCACACUUGUCGUCGUCUUCUGGAGCACGUCGGAAUGAGCGUAGAAGGCGAUGAUUUGGCCACGAGGAGUUCUUUCAUUCUGGCGGUCGAUCGGAGGAUUGUGGACUGA